AUGCAUACCGAAUCACCUCUUACGCCUUCUCAAAUUGAAGAGAAGAUACAGAAUGCUAUUAUUGCACUUCAAUUGAAGGACUUUAAAUCAAUUAGAAAGGCUGCAGAGUAUUUUGAAGUUCCUAAGUCAACUCUCAUAGUUAGGGUCGCUGGAAGGAAAUCACGUACUCAAUCCCACGAAAUGGCUCAAAUUCUUUCAAACGCAGAAGAAAAUACUCUUGUACGAUGGAUUUCACAACUUACCAUCAUUGGAUUCCUUGCUACACCUAUAUUGGUGAAGGAAAUGGCCGACGAAAUUCGUCUUCGACGUGUUCAGGUCGCAUCAUCUCGAAUUCCUACCUCGACAGAAAUUCCACCUAUAGGCCACGAAUGGAUCUAUAGAUUCCAAAAACGAUAUCUAGAACUUAAAACAUGCUAUUCACAUCAAUUAGAGUCUAAUCGGGCUAAAGUGGCAACUCCGGAGAAUAUUCAGGCUUGGUUUGAUGCGUUUCGUACAUGUCUCAUUGAACGAAAGUAUGAAUUAGAUGAUAUAUAUAAUAUGGACGAAACCGGAUUUGGAGUUGGAAAUACUCAAAGUAUAUGUAUUAUAGUCGAUUCUACUCAGAAAUCGAAUUGGAAAGUUAUAGCUGGCAAGCAAGAAUGGAUAACUGCAUUUGAAUGUGUCAAUACAGCUGGAAAGGCUCUAUCACCUAUGAUCAUUUUCAAGGCUCAGAAUACGAAUUCUGCAUGGAUUCCAAAGGACACGCCUCAAAGCUGGCAGUUUUCUACGAGUACGAAUGGAUGGACCUCAAAUAGUCAUGGAUUAGAAUGGCUAAAAAGGGUUUUCGAACCAGAAUCCAAGAAAGUGUCAGGUGACCGACCUCGACUUUUGAUCAUGGAUGGCCAUUCAAGUCAUAUUACAGGCAGCUUUAUUGCUUUCUGUAUAGAGAAGGAAAUCGAUUUACUUAUAUUACCUCCUUAUUGCUCUCACUUGCUUCAACCACUUGAUAUUGCGGUGAACUCUCCUCCAGAUGGGACAGAGCUAAGGCAAGCAAAUCAAACCUUUAAUAAAGCUCUAGCAGAUAAUGAUUCUCUUGCAUCACCAACUCGUCGAUAUGCCAAGAGAAUGACUAGGCUUGUAGAAUCUCAAAAUGCUGAGAUAGCCCUACUUCGGAAACAGCUCGCUGAUGCUCAGGAAGUAAUUGAGACUCGAAAGAAGAGAACUAAAGGCAAAAGAGUCAAAUUACAAGGUCAAUUUGUCUUUAGUAGUGAGGAAGUACUGAAAAUGGUACGUGAGGCGGAGGAAAAACCGAAGGAGAAAAAGCCACAAGGGCGACCACGUAAACGUCCAAUUGAAGAAUUAGAAGAGGAGACUGAAGAAGAAGAGCCAGAGAGUAGUUCAAGUGAUUUAGAGUUGGAAUUGGAUGAAUGUGUAGCUCGUAGAACAAGAUCACAUAGAGAGAAUUGA